AUGAUCACCUGGCUGUGUACCGUCCAAAUUGCUUGCUUAUACGAUGUUGACUUCUCCAUGAAUCACAAGUCGAGGCAGAGGACUUUCGCAGCGGCACCGACCUCGGCACCAGGUCCAGACGGGCAGUGUCCCGGCAACACCAACGACAGCUUCCAGCAACGGCUGGUGCUCGACGCAUACGGCUCCCAGGCCCCGAGUGACGAUCCCGAAGCAGACAUGGUUCCUCUCAGAAACGGAGAGACGCUCAUGGUGUUCGUAGCAGAGGGUUGA